UCAAAGGGAGGCGCCAUGGUCGAGCAAGACGCGAAUGCAUCUGCGCGCCGAGGGAAUCGACGAUUUGUCCUUCCCCGCCUCCUCGCGCCGACAGUCUGCAACCACCCGUCCGGCCUCUGCCAGGAUGCGGCGAUUUCGCGCGUGGUUGAUGUGUCGCCCCAUGCCGUGGUUGAGCAUCCACGUGAGCACCUCAGGGUCGGAUGCGGUGACAGCGCAUCGAAUGAUGUCUCCCAGCCCAAGGAAUCGGGCAAAGCUCGGUCGAAGGCUGAGAACCUGGGGAUCUCCAGCCAUGAGCGCUUUGAAGAGAGGCAGGUCCAUCUCGUCCAAUGCAUUCCAUAUGGGCUGGCCGAAGUUCACAUCCGCUCCGGCGCUGACCAGCUCUUUGACCACGCAGGGCCUCGCCUUCUUGCUCGGCCACUCUUGCAGGACGCCCUCCAUGCUGUUGACGGCCAGUUGGAUGAGCGAGAAGAGGUGGGCACCAUCGUCAAGAGAGGGGAUCGUGACGAUGGCGACGAUAGCCCUCGGGUCUCCGCCCCAUGUGUUUAUGAGGUGGACGUAUCUUCCUGGGGGGUUGAUCUCUCGGGCGAUGAUGCUGUUGACGAGGCCGACAGUGGCAGCCAUGUUCCUGUCUCGGCGGAACUUGAUGCACUGGCAGAAAGGCUGCCGCCUGCGGGAUCGUCCAAGUUGAACCACUUUAUCACCAUCAGUCGCCGGUUGGACAGGUGGGCUGGAUACCCCUAGACACACACGAACGAGGCCGGGAUGUGUUGCUUGUCCUUCUCCUCCCUCAGGAGGCCGGCAGUGAAUGCUCACGUGGGGGAGGGAGGCUCCUGCUUGAGUAGGUUCGUUUCGUCGGUGGGCUUAGCCUCCGUCCGGGGUACCGUCUGGAGGUGCGGAUGGGCCGGUUGGCGGGUGGCAAAUUGGUCGAUGACGUACUGUUUCCCAUUCUUCUCCGUUCGCUCCCCUUCACUCCACGUGGGGGUGAGCCCCACCGACAGUAAUUCGUCUCUCUUUUAACGACAAGGUAGACCUUAGAUCUCCCGCUUCGUCGUUG